AUGGACGAAGAGGAGGAGGAGAUAGAGGAGGAAGAAGACUUGGAUGAGGAGGACGAGGAGAAUGUGGACAAGAAGCUCUGGGUGCCCAACUACUCUAAGCUGGAGCUGCAGUACAUGGCCGCAGCAAGGGAACGGCAACGGAAGAACAUCUGCAGCGUGCAGACGUGGCAAGGGAAGGAGUUCCGUGGCGAUGCCUUCCUGGCGAAGCCGGCGGUGAUUGCCUUCAACGACUUCGAGGUGGGAAAGCGCUACCGCCAAGUCAUCGAGGUGACCAACGUGUCCCUGACCUUCAACCAGUUUAAGCUGCUGCCGCUAGAUGACUCCGUGAAAGAUUUCUUCGAAGUGAACUUUGUACCUCCUGGGCGGAUGUCGGCCGGUGUGACCAGGUACAUCACGCUUUGGUUCGUGCCGAAGGUGAGCCAAGACAUUGUCUCCACCUUCCCAAUCCUUGCCAAGACAGGCCGCAUCGAUUUCCCACUACGGUGCACAACAAAGAAGACGAUCCUCACGAUCACACCGCAGGACGCGGAGGCCAAUCCCAGCGUGGAUUUCGGCUCUGUUCUCGUCGGGGAGUCCGCCGAGCGUGAGCUCAUCAUCAAGAACACCGGGGCCUUGGCAGCCGACUUCAGUGUGCUUCGCAGCGAUGAAGGUGUCGAUCAGCUGACAGACAUGACGACUUGGACGGAGAAGGGCGUCUGCAAAGCUCUGGGCAGCUCAAAAAUUGCCUUCAAGUUCGUGCCCACGACGCUGGGGGAGUUUUCGACUGACCUGCGGCUUUGCAUUGCAAACGGUGCUCCUGGCGAUGCGAACUACGAGAAGGAGUUCUGCGUUCGUGUGCGCGGGUCUUGCCUGGAUGUGCCCAUCUACGUCGACAGUGAAGAGUACGACAUGCACACCUGCGUGUAUGGCCACAUCUUCCGGGAGAGCGUGAUGAUUCGCAACCGCGCGUCUGUGGCCAUGAAGAUACAGGUGCAGAAGCCCAAACAGAUUGAAGGUGAGCUCCAGUUGAAUACGGCGCUGGCUUACAUACAGGGCCAUGGCUCACAAGUGAUCCAGGUGAAGCUGGCUCCCAAAGCCGACUUCCUAGACAGGCACCCGGAAUAUCGGGACGCCAAGCGUCCUGACGUGCCUGGUGCGUUCCGGAUUCCGAUGCGCAUUGUCGGGGCGGACCAGGUGCUUCCGGUCAACACCUGCCUCAUUGGAACAUUCACCACAGAUGCGAUGACCUUCCUGCCCGGAGAGCUGAACUUCGGCCCGUGCUUGGUCGGGACCUCCGCCGUGCAGCGGCUCACCAUCGUGAACGAGUCGGCGCUGAAGCGAAGAUAUGCCUUCACGCGGCUACCGUCGUACCUCUCAGUGCAGGAAGUGCCUCAGGACGUGCUCGAAGAGGAGUCCUGGGGUGGCCUGGAUGCGAAACCGGGGACCAUCGCGGUCGUCGACGCUGGCAUUGACGGCUCCAUGGGCUCGCUGCUUCCAGGUGAGAAGCGGCAGGUGUCCUUCCUCUACACGCCCGAGUCGGCCAUCGAGAUGGACAACAAGAUCCUGUGCAAGGUCAUCACUGGUGACCUUUGCGUGCGCGAUUUUGUGAUAUCCUGCACUGGCCAAGGGAUGUCGCCGAGCUUGGAAUUCUCAGAGACGAAGCUUGACUUGGCCGCCAUCCCCGCUGACGCCAGCACGAAGGACUCCAUCGUGGUCACAAACGUCUCAAAGGUAGCCCAGAUGCUCAAUGUCGUGCUGCCGCCAAUGGAGCUCAGUGGCGUCAAGGUCACACCGAUUUGCUUCUCGCUGCAGCCGAAAGAGUCGCAACGGCUCCAGGUGGAGUUCAAGCCCACGAAGGAGUAUGUCGAUCUCCUCAAGAUGCCUGCGGAGGAGAAGCCGGCGGAGCCAGAGGAUGGCGCGGCAGCACCCCCAGACGGGGAGGCUGCACCGGCAGAUGAGGAAAACCCCGGCGCUAUGGAUGCUGAGGAGUACUCGCGUCACCAGAUUGAAGACAUCCGCGAGCACGGCGGCCGGCGAUGGGAAGCGGAGGGCACCGUGCACGGGUCCUGGCGUCUUCCGAUCUGCUUCAAGCCGGCUUCGCAGGGAUUCCGCGAUGGCCGAGAUCAGUUUUGCUACCUCGGUAUCAAUACCUGUGUGCUGCCCAGCGUCUUAGCCAUGCAGCCAGCCGUGCUCGACUUCGGCGACGUGACCGCCGGGCAGCGAGCACUCAGGCCGCUGGUGAUCACGAACCUCGCGGUGGAAGACGGUGUGCAGGAGCUUCACAUGGAAGCUCUACCGGAGAAUCAGGGCUUCACGAUACUGAACGCGCCGCGGGCGGUGGGAUCAAAGCCUUUCCAGUUCAUGGUGGAGUUCAAGCCGCAGCUCGUUCAGAUCUACCAAACCGCGCUGCAGCUGCGGACGCAGAACACGCGCGUGCAGGUACCUCUUCGAGGCAAGGGCGUGAGCCCCGUUCUGAAAAUCGAGCCGCAGGACCGAACGAGGGUUUAG